ACAGCCGCGCGCAUCGUGUCAAUAGGAAGCACCGUUUGCCCCACUGUUGCCCCCCUUACAAGUGCCCUCAAGGAGACGAGACAAGUUACCAUGGAAACUGUUCUGGUCUUCCUUUUUCCCCUUCUAGUCUAUGUGGCGGGUUUGUCUGACUCUGCUCCCCAAGGGGAAAAGGGGAAGGAACUGAGCCCAUUUGGAUAUGACUAUGAGAGUUUGAGGAUCAGGGGCUUGGCGUUCGCCGUUGUGCUGUUUGCUCUGGGAGUGCUCCUUAUUCUCAGCCGCAGAUGCCGCUGCAGUAUCAACCAGAAACCCAGGGCUCCAGGAGAUGAAGAAGCCCCAGCAGAGAAUCUCAUGGUUUCCAAGACCAAGGAGACUCCUACAGCAGAAAACUGAAAGAGACCAGUGUUGUUAAACACAUAGCCAUGGUUGAACAACUUUACUAAAGCUGAGGAUGGUGAUGAUGAUGAAGCUGAUUCCAGACCAUGGCUAUGAUUGCAGACAGAGAUUUUGUGGGAGGAGGAGACUAUGACUUGGAUUUUUAAUGGGCCAGUGUCUUGUACGUAGACCUCUAGUCCUGUCAUGUGAAAUCAGUAUCUGUAUCCGUCUUUCCGUCUUUGGCCUUUUGCGACAGUCUGUCUUGAGUGAGUUGUUUUAGCAAAACUAGCCACUUUCUUCUAACCACUGUUAAUGUUUCUUGGCUCCUCCCCCAACUGAACGUGUACGUACAGAUUAAAGGAACGGUUCAAGCAAAAAUGAGUGUUAUUAUUCCCUUCUGAUUCAAGUUAUGAGCUAACUCCCGCAAGUUAUUUGUUGUAAGUAUAGCACAAAUUGAGAAGAUUAUUUAAGUAGCAUUUAUUAUAUAAUGAUAAGCUAAAAAAAAA